AUGAAAAAUUUAGUAUUGAUAUUAGUAUUGUUAUCAAUCGAAACAUUUUUUCAAAUAAUUAGUGCGGGAAAUGAUGGGGAAACAUGUUCGAAAAGUUUCGAAGAAUGCGAAAAGGUUUUCAACGGAAAGAAAAAACAAGAUUUAAAAUUAUGCGGGUCAAACAAUGUUACGUACGUUAAUCGGUGCUUUUUAGAAAUGGAUGUUUGCAUCGGGAAUAAAAUAACAAUCAAACACAAAGGACGAUGUCGGACAAGGCAACCUUGCUUCAGAGAAUUGAAAAAAGCCGAGAGAAAUCGGGAAAACCAAGAGUUCGUACCUACCUGUUUGAAAGAUGGUACGUUUUCCCCGAUGCAAUGUCACAACGAGACCGGUUUUUGUUGGUGCGUGACUCCCAAAGGAAAACUAAUACCCAAUUCUGCAAAACGUCACGAUAAACCAAAUUGUUCGAGAAAAUUUAAAAUGCGGAGGAGAGCAUCCGUACGGAAAGACAAUAAAGAAAUUUGCGGACCCAACGACAAACAAAAAUUCAGUGAAAAUUUGUUAAAUUUGUUCAGAGCCGAGUACGGUAAAGAUUUGAACGAGGAUGUGGAUACGGUACUGUUAAAUCAAAAAAUACUCAAUUGGAAAUUUCAAUCGAUUGAUAGAAACGACGACGAGUACCUUCAACGUGCGGAGUAUAAAGUUUUGAGAAGGUUGAAAAAAUUAAUAAAGCCUAAAAAAUGUGCGAAAAUGUUUGCGAAAAUAUGCGAUUUGGAUCGCGAUUUUAAAAUAUCAAAAUCCGAAUGGUCGGCUUGCUUGGGAGUGAGCAUGAUAACCCUAAAGGGAAGUCCCAUAGCUUCACUUUCGGGUCAACUUCCGGGUUUCGAACACGUGAAUCGUAAAGACCAAGAACCCGAAGCAAACGAUUGUUUCUCGGAUAGACAAGCCGUACUCGCCGAACAAAGGUCGAAUAAUUUAUACGUUCCUGAAUGCACUCCCGACGGUCGAUACAAUCGCAUACAAUGUUACAAAUCGACGGGAUACUGUUGGUGCGUCAACGAAGACGAUGGAAAACCCAUUCCCGGAACAUCCGUUAAAGAUCAAUUGCCCAAAUGCGAUUCCGUUCCGGUUCCCAUUCGACCCAUGAAAGGUCUGAUGGAAUUUUUGGCGGACAAAGUCAUUUCGAAAAACGUGACACAAUAUUCGAUGGAACAAGUCGUGUCUCUCAGUUUUCUCUCGCUCGAUUCGAACAAUAAUAAAUAUUUGGAUAGAAAAGAAUGGAAAAAUUUUCGAACUCUCAUCGUCGACAAUAAAAACCUUAGACGUUGCGGAAAAAGACUACCUAGAUUUUGCGAUAUUAAUAAUGAUAGAAGGAUCAGUAUGACGGAAUGGACGAAUUGUUUACAUAGGAGGGGGCCAAAUCCACUUAAAUCCUACCUGAAAGAUGACGAUUAA